GACAGAGGUUUUUGUCAGUAGAGAGAGAGAGAACGCACGCAAUGAGACGAAGAAGAAAGCUGCUACACAACAUCACACUAUAGAUCUCUCUUUCUCUCUCUAGCACCACACGAGGGCUUCUUCUAUUUUCUUCUCUGUAAUAUUCGUAUAUAUAUAUAUAUAUAUAUCUCAGUCAGAGUAGCACUUUUUCUCUCUUGGUUUCUUUCUAUGCUCAAUAUUAUCGAAUAACUGGCGGACCUGAGUUACUGAGUCAACUCGACCGAGUUAUGGGCUGUUGUACAUCGUCUGCCUUCAAAGGACUCAACUCCGGAUUCAAAACUCAUCUGGGGCAGAAUAACAAUCACAGCCAACCUCACUCCCCCAACGGAACUGACUCUUCUGCCACUGCCACUGCCACUGCCGCCGUCGCCGGAACCGGUGGUGUGUCGGUCUUCUCGGAGUUCUCGCUCGCCGACUUGAAAGCUGCCACCAGCAACUUCAGCUCCGAAUUCAUCGUUUCCGAGAGCGGUGAGAAAGCCCCCAAUGUCGUUUACAAGGGCCGCCUUCAGAACCAGAACAAUCGUAGAUGGAUCGCCAUUAAGAAAUUUACCAAGCUCGCCUGGCCCGAUCCCCAGCAAUUUGCUGAGGAAGCUAAGGGCGUUGGAAAGCUUAGGCACAAAAGGCUUGCUAAUUUGAUUGGGUAUUGCUGUGAUGGAGAUGAGAGGCUGCUCGUUGCCGAGUACAUGCCCAACGACACACUUGCGAAGCAUCUCUUCCAUUGGGAAAAUCAAACCAUUGAGUGGGCCAUGCGUUUAAGAGUCGCUUUAUCCAUAGCUGAAGCUUUAGAUUAUUGCAGUACUGAAGGUCGUCCAUUGUACCAUGAUUUAAAUGCAUAUAGAGUUCUUUUUGAUGAGAAUGGUGAUCCUCGGCUUUCUUGUUUCGGCUUGAUGAAAAACAGUAGGGAUGGAAGAAGUUAUAGUACUAAUCUUGCAUAUACACCUCCCGAAUAUUUAAGAAAUGGACGAGUGACUCCAGAAAGUGUUGUAUUCAGCUUCGGAACUGUCCUUUUGGAUCUUCUCAGUGGAAAGCACAUUCCUCCAAGUCAUGCACUUGAUAUGAUAAGGGGAAAAAACAUUCUUCUCUUAAUGGAUUCCCACUUGGAAGGAAACUUUUCAACUGAGGAGGCUACUGUGGUUUUUGAGCUUGCCUCACGUUGCUUGCAGUACGAACCUAGGGAGCGGCCAAAUACAAAAGAUCUUGUUGCGACACUUGUCCCUCUGAAAGUUAAGCCUGAGGUUCCAUCUUAUAUGAUGCUUGGGAUUCCAAAGCACGAGGAAGCACCUCCUACGCCGCAACACCCUCUAUCUCCAAUGGGUGAUGCCUGUUCACGGAUGGACCUAACAGCCAUUCAUCAGAUUUUGGUAAUGACACACUACAAAGAUGAUGAAGGAACCAAUGAGUUAUCUUUCCAAGAAUGGACCCAACAGAUGAGAGAUAUGUUGGAGGCAAGAAAGCGUGGGGACUUGGCAUUUCGUGACAAAGAUUUCAAAACAGCAAUAGACUGUUAUUCUCAGUUCAUAGAUGUGGGAACAAUGGUUUCACCAACUGUUUAUGCCCGCCGAAGUCUUUGUCAUCUUCUCUGUGAUCAACCGGAUGCCGCCCUCAGAGAUGCAAUGCAAGCGCAAUGUGUCUAUCCCGAUUGGUCUACAGCGUUUUACAUGCAGGCAGUUGCUCUUGCAAAGCUAGACAUGCACAAAGACGCGGCCGACAUGUUAAACGAGGCUGCCACACUGGAAGACAAGAAGCAACGGGGUGGGAGAGGAUCUUGAGAAGCAACCCUCCUGUAUAUUUUUUUUUCCCUUUCCAUUUUUUUUUCGGUUUUGGUUUAAAAAGCACAAUUGGUGGUCAAUUUGUUAUUCUACUCAAGUGAUGGUUGUCAUUGUUGUAACAAAACAAGUGGGGUUCAUUUACCAUAGGAAUGAGAGUUAUAUCAUGUAUCAAUGACAAAUGUGGUUUUGACGAAGAUGUAUCAUAGAGAGAGAAGGAGGAAACUUGUUUCAUCUGCAUCAAACUUCACACAACAUAUUUUUUUUGAAUUUCAUGAAAUAAUUAAUUGGUUAUUGAUGUGUA